GCUCCGAAUGACGUGCACAUUCUGCUCGUGGAUGACGAGCGGCUGUCGCGAGUCGUCGUUGGCAAUUUGCUGCGGAAGUGUUCCUACAAAGUAACCGAAGCUGGGAGCGGCAUGGAAGCACUGGAAAUAUUGAGAGGACAGCCUCCAGGAACCUUCAGCCUCAUCCUCACGGAUGUGAUGAUGCCGGACGUGGAUGGGAUCGAGCUUUUGAGGCAUGUCAGGGGCGACGAGGCAUGGAGCAACCUGCCUGUCAUAAUGAUGUCAGCAAAUGAGCGGACAGAGACAGUCUUCGAGUGCAUAAGAGGGGGAGCAGAGGACUACCUGCUCAAGCCAGUGACCAAGAAGGAGGUCCAACACAUGUGGCAGCAUGUGUGGCGUCGGCAGCAG